AUGAAGGAGAAAAGGGGAGCUUCCUACGUCAUCAGUAGGCGACGUCGCGUGUAGGACUGUGAAGGACGCGGACGAGCAGCCCGUGAUGAAAUAAGUCACAUUUAAAGCUGUCAGGAGGACGUUGUUAUGAUGGCGGUGUCGUGUCUAACUCGAGCUCUGCGCUCCCUGACUGUCUCCCAGCCUGCUGUGCUCUCCUCUCAGGCAGUCACAGCACUAACUAAGCUGGAGCUGGGAACUCGGCUGCCUGGUGCGAUCAGUGGACAGUGCAGAGGAUUCCUCACCACAGCCUCUCUGGAUCAGAACAGGACAUUUUGGAAGCAGAGGGAGAAGUACACCAUCAAGCCUAUAGGGAUGAAAAAGACAGGAGGCAGAGAUCACUCAGGAAGGAUACGGACGCACGGCAUCGGUGGUGGCCAUAAACAAAGAUACCGGUGUAUAGACUUUCAGCGACUGCGCUAUGAAGAAGACAAAGAGACCCAGCCUUUUGACGAGAAGGUUGUUGAAGUGCGAUACGACCCGUGCAGAUCUGCUGACAUUGCUCUGGUAGCUGGAGGAAACCGGAAAAGAUGGAUCAUCGCGACCGAGAACAUGCAGGCUGGAGACAUCAUUAAAACAUCAGGAGUUAUUGGACGCAUGGCAGUCUCAGCCAAUGAGGGGGACGCAUACCCACUGGGAGCUCUUCCUGUGGGAACACUGGUGAACAACCUGGAGAUACAACCAGGGAAGGGUUCAGAGUACAUCCGUGCUGCAGGCACAAGUGGUGUUUUGCUCCGUAAAGUAAACGGAACAGCAAUCGUUCAGCUUCCAUCGAAGCAGCAGGUUCAGGUACUGGAGACCUGCAUGGUAACGGUGGGCCGCGUGUCCAACAUUGACCACAAUAAACGGAUCAUCGGAAAAGCUGGUCGCAAUCGCUGGCUUGGCAUUCGCCCUUCGAGCGGCUUGUGGCAGAGAAAGGGAGGCUGGGCAGGACGCAAGAUUAAACCACUGCCUCCGAUGAAGACUUACGUCAACCUGCCCUCGAUCUCAGCUAAAUAACACAGGAGUCUGGACAUGUUUGGGACUGUGAAGAUUGUUGUCUCUUGCAUAUUGCAUAUCACCUUGUAUUAAUUAUUGGUCCUUACAGUGAAAUGGAACGGAUUGUUCAGAGAGAAAAACAUGAAUAAAGACGAGCUGUUUGUACAGAAGAUUAAAAAUUUUUAUUAAACACAACUGCUUGUGAGAGCAUGGAAAGAAACAAAACAAUAUAAAAAUCCAAAACAUAUUUACAUCUAUAGUAAAACAUGCAGAGUAACCCAUAUUUUUAGUGGUAAAUUUAAAAAUACUGUCAUGUCAUUUAAAAUAGGGUUUGUGCAAAGACACUGGGUGGCAUUUCAAGUAAUAGGAGCAAUGAGAUGGCAUGUUGUGUUUGUAGUUUGACUAUCAAUGAGAAACAUUAACACUGAUGUUAGAAGUUAAUUCUUUUUUUGCGUUGCCAAAGUGAGCAUGCCUGCUCAUUGAUCCUGUCUUGCAAAACACCCCCAUGCUACCUCUAGAUUUAGGGAAGAAAAAAAAAAAAAAA